AUCACUAACUGGGGUCAAUCGAUAGGAGGCGCCAACUCUAGACGGCUUACUGCUCAUGUAACCCUCCCCCAACCUCAAACGAGGCAUUGACUUCGUCGUCGUCCAUUAUCAGUGAGCUAGCUCAUGUCUUCGGUAUAGUUGCGCUGUGAAGGAACUUCAUUGUUUGAGACCUUGCACGUGCAAAUCAACCAAAGACUGAUCCCAAAACACUUUGCUGUUCUUCCCGUCCAAAAUGGUGAAGAUAUUUGUUGGCAAUGUAGCUUCAGCGACCACCGAAGACGAGCUCCGUGCUUUGUUCGAGAAGUAUGGCGCUGUGUCUGACUGUGAUAUUCUGAAAAACUAUGGCUUCGUGCACAUGGAUGAGGAAGAGGCAGCUCAAAAGGCCGUCUCAGCUUUGCACAAGCACGAGGUCAAUGGUUCCCGUAUCACCGUCGAGUAUGCCACCACCAAGGUACGCAAUGCCACCAAGAUCUACGUGGGCAAUGUUCCCGAAGGAGUCACCGCCGCCAAAAUCAAGGAGCUCUUCCAGCCGUUCGGCAAGGUGGUGGAGUGCGACAUCGUGAAGAAUUACGCAUUCGUUCACAUGCAGAGGGAAAGCGAGGCUCUGGAGGCUAUUUCAGAGCUUAACCACUCCAAAUUGGAGGGCCAAAAGAUCUUUGUGUCCCUCUCACGCAGUAACCCAUCCAGAAACGGCCGAGGGGAUGACUAUUAUCCUCCUCCUCCCCCACAUCACUAUCCACCUCACCCACACCAUCAUCCUCACUUUCUCCCCCCACGCCCGCCGCCCCGUGACUACUAUCCGCCCCGUGGCCGACUUCCACCCCCUCCUCUCCCACCGCCGCCGCCCCGCGCCUACUACGAGCGCGAAGUGUAUGAGAGGGGCCUUCGCCACGACCCGUACGCUGCCCCAUCCCCACGUUUUUACGAGCGGGAUCCAUAUGAGCGGCGCCUUCCGCCCCCUCAGCGACCAGUCACGCCGCCUCUCGCCGGGCGCUACUACCGUGAGCGCAGCCCUCUCGGCGGUCGCCGCUCUCUCCUGCCUCCGCCUCCCCCUCCACCCUCUUCUGCCGGCUUCGCCCGCGGUUUCGCCCGCAAUGGCGCUAGCUCAGCACCCCCUCCCCCUGCCGCCGCUCCUUCCUCCCACUAUCAGCGCUACUCUCUCGGCUCAGGCUUUGAUAAGGAUGAUUAUAUGGAGGACAAGUACAGCAAUGGCUUCAGCCGUAGCUACUAAGCAUUGAAGUUUGUCCGUCCCUUUUUUAUUAUCGAGGAGCCAAAUAAUCUAAAAGGGACGUAACUUCAGGGAGUUAGGGGUGAUGAUUUUUUUUUUUUUUUUUUUUUUUUUGGUAAUAUUCUGUGAUAGUUGUAGCUAUUUUAGAUAACGGGUCAAUCAGCUAAUACUGUACUCAUUUAACUAAUAGAUUUACCUCCGCCCGAUGAAGGAACGGCAAAUAGGAAGUUAAAUACACCUGAGUUUUAUAGCAUGUUAUGAUGUACUAUAUUUGCCAGCCAUAUCGGUUUGAGUAUUUUCUUAAAAUAAUUUUUUUUUUUUUUUUUGUACAAUCAAAUCUUACAUUUUUAGUUCAUUUUACUCUGGCAUGCACUAAAUACAAAAGAAUCGCUUGGGGAAAAAAUAUAUAUAAAUAUAUUUUUUUGCAUUGAUAUUUCAACUUGCAUAGCCUACCCAACAGGAAAUUGGUCGUGUUGAAUGUUUACCUGUUUUUUUUUUUUGUUUUUUUUGUUUUUUUUCUCCUUGGUAUUUAGAAAUAUUCAAGUUUUGUCACUAUAUUUUGCAUGAGUGAGACAAGUUAAUUUGGAGAUAUUUUGAAUUUUCCUCAUUGGUCUUCGUAACUAAAUUAUAUUAAUACUGUAUUUUUUGUUUUGUUUUUGAUUUUAUUUUAUUUUUUUAAUUAAAUUUCUUCUCUGGACUACCUUUAUGUAGGCAAAUUAACUUGCUAUGUUGUUGUUAGAUGUUGGAUGUAAGUGAGACCAGUGGGAAGGAACAGAGAGGAAAAUGGGUAAAGAGGUGGUUGUGGGCGGAGCUGUAUGCUAACUGACUGAUCAACCAAUCCCAUCCUACCGGCUAACCGAGUACAUCGCAUCCACCAGCCGCUCAACUUUCGGAUCCGCUGCCGCAUCCUAGGACCAUCGGUCAAAGGAAACGAACGACCGACCAGCCGCCGACCGCCUAAUAAAUUAAAAACAACGCUGAAUCUAUUCUACACUGUAUCUCGAGAUCACGUUGUGUUAGACAAAUAGCUGAUUUGCCCGACUCCGCAGACUCAGAGAAAGUUUUUAAAGAUUAGAGACUUAUUUUGGCAUCACAUUAUAAUGGACGUGCUUGUGAUUGAAAAUAUUACUGAAUUCUCAAUAUUGUUUCCUGUCCUACUUGUACUACUGCUGUUUGCUUAUUGUUAGCGUACACCUCUGUUUAAAAUGUACGUUUGUAAAAAGCCUGUUUUCUCGACUGUUUAUCCGAAACCGCUCUUUAUCAUAUUGUCCACUCGAGCAGGUUCGAAACUUAUGCUUGUUUUGAUUUAAACCUAUGAAAGCAGAUUCAUGUUCUACCAGUCGCUGUCAUUUUGCCGCCUGAAUAAAAUUUCGACUGAUUUAGACGCAACGCUUUUCAUGUCACUCGUUUUUAACUGAGUCUCUUUAAUUUCUACCUCAUGUCUCACUCGGUCACGCUAUUAUUCGUGUAAUACAAAUGUCCUUUGAUUUGAUCUCUCAUGUGUGAAGUAAAGUGCCAAAUAGAUUCGAAUUAAAACUGCACUUUCCGCUUGAACCCUUCAUACAAAAGGCCAAAGGCAUUGAUAUAAACCUUAGUAAAUUACAGCCACUUUGUCUUUUUGUUCAACAAUGACCCCUUGGCCAAGAUGAAUGAAUGUUUAAUGCUUUGUUUUGAAUGACUGUAGAAGCUUUGUGUGGUUCAUCAGGAUUGGUGAGUUAAAAGUGAAGGUAAGUAGUAUUUCAAGCUGGAUUGUUUGGACUUUUGUUCUCUUUGACAUGUUGCACGUUGUUGAAUGUAUUUGUGUACUAGCAGAGCCUGUUUGACUUGUUUUGGUUUUCUUUUUUUCAUUGGUGAGAUUAUCAGAAGUCAUUCUGUUCGUUCAACACUUCAUUCUGAUUGUCAGUGCAGGUAAUGUCUGUCAAGUGGCUAUAAAGUGUGAAUUAUUAUUAUUUUUUUUUUUUUUUUUUUUACCCCCUCUUCCUAGCCUUUCAGUAGAGCCACAGCCACACAAUUUUGUACUGUUAUCUCUAUCAUCAGCUCUUUCAAGAGGCGGAACAGUUUUACACUUGAUAAACUAUUUCAGUUUAUUAUUACUGCAUUUAGUUUUAAGCUUCUUCAAUGUUUAAUGUCAUUAGUUUAAUACAAGGUCAUACCAUUAUAAAAAAAAAGUUAAAUCAAAAAAAUUAUCAAAGAAAGCCCUUUGCUGAACUAAAUGCUUCUAUGGUUUUCUUAGGGGAAAACAAAAUGCAUUGCACUACAAGCCUCAUGUGAACUUAAAAUACUCAGUCAUCAGCUUAUAACCUCUCAUACAAAGUGUUUCUAAUGGGAAUGAUAAACUAUACAUUAUCCAUUAGUUCUUACUUGCCUGUUACCAUUAGAUUGUGCAAAUAAGCAACUUUCGAUUCCUCAGUUUUAUUAGUUGCCUUUCACUUGGCAUUUUUCAUGACCGAAAUGAGGUAAUGAACAGAUUCAAGAAAAUGUUGAAGAGCAUUUCAAGAUUUUUUAAGUUAUAAAAUAGAGUAAAAAUAUAGUUAAAAGUACAAGAUAAACCAUGAACCAGGCUAUGUAGACAUUAGGGUUAUUUUCAGGUAACACUAUCAUUUGUGUGCUAAGUUUGUGAUUUAAUAUUGGUUUAAUGAGGUACUGAACUUGGUCAGGUCAUGUGUAAUAGAUUUUGACUGAUCUAAAUGUAUUAUUCAAAUAUUAUGGUGACACUGAUAUUCUAAGUUAUGUAGAAGAAAAAAAAUAUUUAAAUUCAAAUGUUUUUACUGUCUGUAGAUUUAUACAAUGUUUUUUCUUUAAAAUUCUUCUUCUACUGUUUUGUCUAAUGUAAAAAAUGAUUUAACUGACCUUCCUUUAUAAUUUUAUAUUUGCACUGACCUUCAUCCCUUUAUAAGUAGGCCUGUAUAAAUUCCAAACUUAUAAAUUAUUUUAGGUUGAAAUAUUGCAUUAAUUUAGAGUUCAACUUCUGGUGCUUUGCAAUGUUAUAACCACCUGUUUAUAACUAAGGUAGUAGUGAAAAGAGUGUUCAACUGAAAACCUGUAUUUAUUAAGCACUCAUUUGAAUAGUGUGGCGCGGGGCUAUCCUUUAUGGUGGCUACGAGGUAAAAAUAAAUAAUUUUUCAAAUUUAAUUGUAACCUCUUUCCUGGUAAUUUGUAGCACACAUGGUACAGUUUCCUGAGAAUGACCCAUAUAAAAAUGAACAUAAGGUUAUUUUAUUUGAUUUUAAUAAAGAAUUUAAUACAAACAAUAGAGAGUGAAUCAUUUGCUUUGAGUAGGAUUUCCUGUGACAGCAGAUCAAGUGUGCACUUGUGAGAGGUUAAGGUCUGGUCUAUUUGUUUAAGCGAACGCAGAAGAGCACCAGGUAAGAAGUAACAAAGAGUUCAAAACCAUAACCUCCAUAAACUGAAUCAUGAGAAGAACACCAAAAAGAAGUUAUCCAAAAUAAGUGCUCCUAUCUGAUUUAGCUCUUCAUUGUGUGUCAGUUUCACUGUUUGACGGUUUCCCACAAUCUUUGCAGUGUAUAUGUGAGUGCAAUAAAUGUUGCUUUUAUGCAGAUCAUUUUGAUUAAAUUUCUUUAAUGCUAAUUUCUCAUAUCUUUUGGGAAUAUCUGUUUGUGAAUAAAGGCAAAAUGAUGGUUACUUAA